AUAUUUGUUGAACGAAUGAACUUUUCAGAAAGAUCGGGAAUGACGGAAAAGUUGUCUGCUUAGUUUUUCGAGAGAUUGCAUAAUACUUUGCAGAAUGUUGUCCACUUUAAAAAGCGGUGUAUUAUGGCGUUUCUUCUACGAAACAAAAGCCAUAGCAUCUACAACCACUCUCUGCAUAAGGAAGUGCGAGCAACGCAGGAAACUCAAUACAACCACCCGAAUUUUCUCAGAUAAGUACAAUAUAAUUUUGAUGGGAAGCCCGGGGAGUGGCAAGUCGACGGUAGCACGGAUCUUGGCCAAGAAGUUGAACAGACCCUCCAUUGACAUCGAUAAUGAUGUCCUAGAACCAUUGUGGGGAGUGAAGGUGUCAGAAAAGUUGAAAGAAAAAGGAUCUAAAUAUUUUAUCGAGGAGGAAGGCAAGGCUUUAAUGACGGUGAAGGCGGAAAACAGCAUUAUAUCUCUCACAGGAUCAAAUCCACUCCAUGAUGACGCCAUGCAGUAUAUCGCAAACACAGGUUAUGUUAUUUUCUUGGACUAUCCUGCCAAAGGAAUUCUCGAAAGACUGCACAAAAUGAAAGUAGACAGAAUAGUUGGACAAGAGAUUGGAACACCUCUGACAGACAUUCUGGAUCAUCGACAAAAAUCGUACGAACAAGCAUAUGACGUCCGAAUACUGUGCGAGGAAGACGACAGCCCGGAAUGUGUGUCGGAGAAAGUCGUUCAGGCGUUAAAAGUGCUGGAAGAUGAUCAUGGAUAUGUGUCCACACGACAGGAUAAAAACUCUGUGGGUUCCCAGGACAGGACGUCGUUGGGUGAGAUUCUGUUACAAGGAUUGGCCCCAGAUGGUGGACUCUACGUACCGGCUCUCCAGAUUCCGUGUUUGUCCAAGGGAGAAUGGAGCCGUCUCGUCAACCUGACGUAUCAGGAGCGAGCCUUGAGAAUCAUGGAGAGACUUAUUAACCCCUGUGAUCUCCAUCCAUCCAAACUUAGACUUUUCAUUGAUCGUGCAUACAACACUGAGACGUUUAGUAGUGAGAAGAUUUUUCCAGUCCGGCACUUGGAGGACAAUCAGUUUCUGUUAGAACUAUUUCAUGGGCCUACAGCAUCUUUUAAAGAUGGGGCACUUCAGUUGAUGCCCCAAAUGUUUGUGGACGCUCUCCGACACAAUCAACCUCUGAACAACAAUGGCAGGUACAUCAUUUUGGUAGCCACAUCUGGAGACACAGGAAGUGCUGUUCUCGAUGGUUUCCGUAGACAUGCAGAGGGUAGUGGUGUUGGUGUUAUGGUGCUCUAUCCUGAAGAUGGAAUUAGCGAGGUUCAGAAACUCCAGAUGACAGCCAUGAGUGGAGGAAAUGUAAAUGUGUUAGGUAUAGAGGGAGAUUUUGAUCUGUGCCAAUCCAUGGUCAAAAGAGCGUUCCGGGACCCGGAUCUGGCCAGCUGGUUGUCUGCUAAUGGGAAUUUGAAACUUAGGUAUAAAAAUGCCGCAAACUCCAUCACUUGGGGCCGACUCCUUCCACAGAUCGUGUUCCAGGUGUCUGCUUACCUUGACCUUGUAGAGCAGAAGGUCAUUUCUGUAGGGGAUCCAGUCGAUGUUUGUAUUCCCACAGGGAACUUCGGAAACAUAUUGGGAGCUUUCUACUCGCAGGCUAUGGGAAUUCCAUUCAGAAGGCUCAUAUGUGCAUCCAAUACUAACAAUACCCUCACAGAAUUCAUCAAUUCAGGAAUGUACGAUAUAAGAUCCCGUCAAAUUCAGAAGACACAGUCCCCGGCCAUAGAUAUACUGAAAGCCUCAAAUUUAGAACGCUUCCUGUACCACAUGUCAAACCGGGACCAUGAGCUUGUGCGCAGGUGUUUCAAGAACCUGGAGGAAAAUCAAUGUUUCGAAGUAACUGGCCAGCUUUUAGAAGACAUUCAGGAAUUCUUAGUGGGAAAAUGGUGCUCCGAGGCCGAGUGUGCGCAGACCAUCAAGAAAUGCUUUGAAAAAACAGGAUAUCUGUUGGAUCCACAUACAGCAAUUGCGAAGUUUGUGGCAGAUCUCGUCAACGAUGGGGACGUACCCAUGAUCAUAAAUGCCACCGCGCACUACUCAAAAUUUGCACCUCAAGUUCUGCAAGCCCUCGGGCACAAGAAGGACAUUAAAGACAAGAGUGUGUCAGAAUUAUUUGACAUGGCUCACAAAAUCACAGAUUCUCCCAGCAUGCACUGCAAAUUAGAAGAGAGUCUGAAGUCAUUGUCGGUCAGUGAGAAAGUGCUGAAUCCAAGCUAUGAGGAUGUAGAAAGGGCAAUUAAGAUGUUCUCGCACAAGAUUUAGAUGUGGGUAGUUUUCUUUGCUUUUACUUGUAAGUAUAAUCAUCAGAGUAGUGUGCAAUGUACCUAUCCUUUGUAUAUUUCCCAGGUGUGCUGUACAUUUCCCAGCUGUGCCCCCGACUUGAUGAAAGCCAGACUUUUGAGUUUAGGGAUACUGUAGAUGCAUUCACUCCUCUGUAGGAUCUGAUGCACUCGUUCAUUCAAAAUAAGAUAUGACAAAGUUCAUGAUUAAUUUAGUGAAAGACUACCAGCUCCUCUGCCUUGUUACAUGGGUAAAAAAAAUUCAUCACUCGUUUAAUGUUUCCAAACCUUAUUGUCAGACUGCUCAAAUGAAAUAUAAGUUCAUAUAGCAGUGGUGAAUCGGGACAUUUUAUGAUGAUAUCGAAGGCAAAAUCUCUAAAAUAUCAUAUAAUACAUGAUUCUCUGUAGAAAAAAAUCACUGUAAAUCACAAAUAAGCUACAAAGAUUGAUUGAAGAGUACAAAAUAUGUCUACAGAGGUUUCGAAAGUCUUUAUUUUGAUGUUAAUAAUUUAAGCUGGAUAUGUACUACAUUAUGUAUCUCAUUGACCAUCAGAGAUAUAUCUCAAAACUUCAUACAGUACAUAUACUUACACUUUAGUAUACUAGUGUGUGAGAAUACUUAUGAAACAGCUGUAGUUGAAUUUUAAGCUGUACAGAGAGUUCUUUGAACAGAAAUGGGACUUUGUCAGGUCUAGGUGUUGUGGAACUGGUGUAUUCCGAGUGUUAAUGUCUGUGAUGUAUAAAACACCACCCUAUACGGAAAUGUAACACAUUAGCUGAUUUAUUUUUUUAAAUCAAUACUGAUUUAUUUUUUCUAAUCAAUACUGAUAUAUUCCUUUUAAUCAAUAUUGAUUUAUUCCUUUUAAUCAAUAUUGGUUUACCUUUUGUAAUUGAUGCACAUAGAAUGCCUUGAACAGUCACCAGCCAUAUAUGAUCUUAUUGGUGUGCAGUGUAACCAGUAUAUUUUUAGCACAUAGGAAACUUGUACUUAUCUACAAAACGUAUUAGUUCAACUGAUACACAAAUGUAAUUGUACUGUCAGCACAGACAGAUUGAGCCAUAAUGUUAAUUUUUUUCCCCCUGUAAACUGUAAUCGGGUAUAAAAUUUGCGGGCAGUUUUAUUUUUGCGAAUUUGGUUUUGUGUUUUUAAUUGUGAUAAGAAUUCUUUGUGAUUGUUUGGUUCUGUAGGUAUAAACGAUAGAUUAUACAAUGAAAGCUUGAUUUUUUUUUAUUUCGCGAAAAUAAAAAUCUUGCAAAUAAGACCUGAUCUACAGUAGUCAGUAUCAAUAUUAUCUGAUCAUGUUUAAAUCGGUCAUUAUUUGUGUUGUUUCUAUGGAAGUACAUUUCAUGUAUUGUAAAAUCUGUUGGACAUGAGAGAAAAAGGAUGAGAGUUAGAUAAUAAAAAGCUUGUAAUAAU